AUGGUCAUUACUAAAGCGAAUAUCAAACCUAGAGGGACACUUUCUUUAAAGACAUCAAAAGUGAAAACCACAACACAAGGUAAGGAGGUUAUCUCUCCUAAAAAACUUAAUGAAGUUAAAUUACCUUCCCAUAAUAUGAAAUCUACUUCAGAACCUGGAACAAGCUUAGUUAAUGAAUGGACUGAGGGCUGGAACGAUGUUGGAUUCCACGGCUCGGAUCAGUUCCCGACACCUAACAUCGAUGCCCUCGCCUAUAAUGGUGUUAUCCUCAACAAACAUUACGUCCAGCAGACUUGUUCGCCCUCCAGGUCAGCAUUGAUGACUGGAAGAUACCCCAUACAUACGAGUAAGUACAUAUCUAUCAGCUGA